AUGGCGAAUGGUCAUGAUGUGACCAUGGACGAUGUCACGGGAUAUGGCAAUCAUGCUGCUGGAGUUGAUGCCGACAGCGCGUUGAUAACUCCUGGUUCCUACAGUAACAGAUUUAUGCCCAGUCAUGUGCCUAUGCCGGCUUCAAAUGAUUCACUUCGUGGAGACUAUGACACCUUCGGAGACGGCUACGCUUACGAUGACCCUUACACAUACACAACGGGCGACGAAAUGGUCACUGGCGAAAAUCUUCCAUAUUUCAGACCUGUGCUUGGUUCUGAUGGCGAACCUUUGGUGGACGAAAAUGGCGAUCCUGUACUGGCUGCCAAUGAGGACUUAGAGUACGACGAUGACUACGAAGAGGGUGAUGGUGUGAUUAUGGACUCACUCUCGCCGACACCCACGGGUGGGAAUGCUUAUUCUGCGGUCGCUGCACCACCGACAGACAAUGUCGAGACACCACCAUCAACCAGCAGUGGGCUUGCCGCGCUCCUGGCCAACGCUUCCAGCUACUGGAGCAAGACCUCAAACCUUGGCUUUGGUGAUGGCGCAAAGCAAAAGGCUCGCCUACAAGCUAUGUCCGAAGUGGAGAGAUUGCGCAUACCGCAGGGUGCGCCCAUGGAGAGUGACUACCACGUGGCUGACGAGGAGGCUGAAGAGGAAGUCCUGGUACUUGAUCCUCAGCUCCAAGCUCUGGAUGCUCGUGCUUCUGAUCAAGACAUGAGGAAUAGAGGUCGUGGUAGUGGACGUCCUCGAGGCCGUGGAGGGUUCCGCUGGGCUCUAAGAGGCACAUCUCAUGAUCCGGCGCUCAAGCGCCAGGCGCGUGGUCGUGGUCGUGGCCGAGGCCGUGGCGGCUGGAAGCGAAGGGGACGUCCGCGUGGCGUCCUCACUGCGGAUCCUGGUCGAGAUUUCAAGCGCCUCCAAACGGAAGCAAUGGCAGCAUACAUGGAUGGUAACCACGAGGCUGCUCUUGCUUCGGCGUUAGAAGCAAUCCACAAAAAUCCUGAGGUUGGUAUUGCACAUUGGCUUGUGUCCGAAGCGCUUCGAGGUCUUGAUCGCGAGAAGGACUCCAUCGGCGCACUGAUGUCUGGCGCAGUCGUCGAUCGCGAUGCGAAGAUGUGGAUUGACGCGGGCGACCGGACGAUGAGGCUCGCCGAGACUGUGACUUCGAGAUUUGCAGCAGCCAACCAAGCACUGUAUUGCUACAGUCACGCAAUGGAGCUCACCAAGAAGGAUCCGGCUUUGGAUUUACUUGCACGUCUGGGAAUCCGAGACGCUUACCUUGAGACCGGCGACCUGGGCAAGGCUCGGUUAUACAGCAAAAGUGUGUGCACUUUGGAUCCAACUGACUGGGACAACCUUGUCCUGUAUGCGGAACUAUGCGCCGAUACGCAAGAAUCGACGGAAAUGGCACGCGCAAAGGUGGCGUACGAGGUGGCGUUCGAGGCAACUAGCAAGCAACAGCGUGAACUUGGCGACGUGCCAGAGAUCUGGUCACAUAUCAAUAUCUACCUUGAGCUACUUGACAAACUCAAGUACACAGCGGAAGCUAUUCGCAUGCUCAAGCGUCUGGCAAGGUGGAUCCUGGGUCGGAAAGAAGAGAACUUCUGGGACCAGUACAACGACGAUGACAGGGAGUUUGACAGUGGUAACGAUCGGAGAGGAUAUGUCGGCGAGUUCCAGCAGGGAAAAGCAAGUGUCGACAAAUCACGAUAUGGCGAUGGCCUUCCUAUAGAUAUUCGAGUCAAGCUUGGGCUCUUUCGUGUGAAGAUGGGCACAGAAUACCGCGAAGAGGCUAUGAAACACCUCGAGAUUAUCUAUGACCUUCGCGAAGAUGCGGCAGAGCACUACGAUACUUUCUAUGCUGUCGCAGACUGCCUGCGCCUCCACAGACGAUUCGACGAUGCUAUGAAGUUCUAUCAGUCCUUGAAGGACGUGAUGGAUGGUACGACAGAAGACUUCGCGCUUGGCAUCGCUGAAUGCUAUGAGGCUGCAGCACGCAACGAAGAAGCCGAAGAGACUUACAAGUCCGUGCUGAGGGACCAUCCAUCAAGUGUCAAGGCGCGGAUCAUGCUUAGUCGCCUCUAUCGAGAGCUUGGCUGGCACCAAGACGCCGAACCUUUGCUGCGGGAGGUCUUGGCUCUUGGGAAGAGGGAGAUGGUUCGUGCGGGCGAUAACGAUACUCCUGCAUUGCCAAGGCCAAAGCUUACGAAAAGACUUGCGCCUAGAGCUUCCUCUGACGGUACCUUGCCAGUUCAGGCACAUCAACGAUUCAAUCCACGCACGAAGCGUCCAUACGUGCGACGGAAGACCAAAGCGCAGCCCACCAGUGGCCAGCAUGAGUCUAUACCGGACAGCGCAAGACGUGGAUCUGGCUCGUCACGGAAGGCCAGCGCCGCACCAGCAGAAGAGGAUAUCGCACGUGUACCACUGUAUCUGCUUGACCAGACUUCUACAUUCGAGAAGCUUGAGGCACUCUGGGACACUAGUGAAGCCGACCCAGAUUCUAGGGGCAUUCCAAGUGCGUGGGUGAAACUCGCUGCAAAUACAACAGAUCUCCUGCGGACAGAAGGAGCCUUCUUCCUCAAUACUGGAGGCAAGUUCCAUGGCUAUGGCAAACGACGCUAUACCACAUACCAUGAAGAAGAAUCACAAGCUGCCUUUGAAAUGCUCAGUCAGUCGGGGCCGAGCACAGGCAUCCACAAGCCUACGCCCACCAACAGCAUGAGGUAUCUCAUGGUGCCGAACGACUUCCAGGGUGUUGACUUCCACAAAUGGCAUCGACUGAUUGUGCAGCUCUGUCUUUGCUAUGCCGAUCAUGGCGACCAAUUGCGCUGUUACGACGUGCUUACCGAAGUUCUGCUCAGAGCCAACAUCUUCAACGAAACAGCUUUCAGAGAAAUCAACUCCACAGUAGCGCUGUUCUGCGCUCUUAAAUUCAACGACAGCAAGUAUGCCAACGAUCUUGUCCGUGACUUUGCUCUCCGCAGCGAGUUCCGCGCAAGUGUGCCAUAUCAGCUCAUCAAUGGAGUGUCAAAUCUCUGCUACGGUGAAGAGAAUGCGUUCAAUGCCGGACCGAGUCAGAAGUACAUGGCUAGAGGAGUCAAGGCUAUGGAUUACAACUUCUUACCACCAGCACUGCGCGAACAACAAGAGUACGGAGAACAACUUCCUGGGUUGGAGACGCGAUUUGCGAAGCAUGGCCAAGAAAGUGGCCCACCAGACGCAGGUGUGCUAAUCAUAUACGGCAAUGUCCUGGCAAUGACUUCGCUACGAAAUGCCGCCCUGCCGUACUACUUACGAGCAUUGGCUUUGCAGCCGGACAACGCUAUGCUCCACCUCAGUAUCGGUAUUAGCUACAUCCAUCAGGGCAUGAAACGACAGACUGAGAAUCGCCAAUAUACCAUUCAGCAAGGCAUCUCGUUCGUGCAGCGCUACCAUGAGCUGCGUACUGACAGUGGCGACGUCUCGUAUACACAAGAAGCGGAGUACAAUAUGGCCAAGGUCUGGCAUAUGCUCGGGCUGAUACACCUGGCAAUACCUGGCUACGAGAAAGUCCUGGCCUUGAGCGACCAAAUUAGCGGUGGGCCCGCGAUGGAUGGCUAUGCAAUCAAGGCAGACUUUGCGAAGGAAGCAGCAUAUGCAUUACAGCAGCUCUUCGCUCUUGCUGGAAACCAAGAGGCAGCGGCGGCGAUCACAGAACAGUGGCUGGUGAUAUGA